AAGCAUCAAGGACUAGAGACAACAACGAGACAAGUGGCUUUAGCUCCUAAAGGGCUUUUUGUUUUUAAAUCAUAGUUUAAAGGGGUUUAUAGCAAUGAGUUCGGCCUCCUUUUUUCCAAACUAUUUCGGUUCUUCUGACUGCGGCGCCCUGAAGAUCCCAGUGGAGCACCUGGAAUAUGAUUACAUUGACAAAUGCAAGGAUGCCAAAUACCUGGAGAAAAUCCUGAUAUUGCUCAGGUCUGGCAAGGAGGGCAUUUAUCCUCAUCUGAUCGAUUUCUGUGAGAGUCGACUGGAGACUCUGAACCCUCGGAGCCGAGCCCUUCGGAAGGAAAUUCCCGUGGCCACAUCCUCCCACCUUUCAGCAGAUGAGUGGAGCCAUAUUGAGGAUGAGUUGAGGAUUUGGCAAGAUGAAACCAGAGUGAUGGAGACUUGCCUUAAAAGACAGCUAACGUUUGAGGAUGUUGUGGAUCAAAACAUGCCGCCUGUAAGAGCGUCCAACUACUCUGUUCCACUCAGCGGGAACUCAGCUCGUAAACAAAAGCGUAUCCAGCCACGAGAUUAUCGAGAAUGGGACAAGUUUGAUGCGGAGAAAGAAUGUCAGAAAAUUGAUGGGGAUGUGAUUAAAAAUGACCGGCCUGCCAUUAUAAACGCACACCCUACAACGAAAGUGGACCCUUCAUCGCUAGCAACAGAGGUGAGAAACCUUCUGGCAGAGCGUGAAAAAGACAAAGGAAAUGAAGCUUUCAGAGCAAAUGAUUAUGAGGAGGCAGUUGUGUACUACUCCAGGAGCCUGUCCAUAAUGCCCACAGUGGCUGCAUACAAUAACAGAGCCCAGGCAGGAAUCAAGCUGAAGCAAUGGCAUAGUGCCAUGAAUGACUGCCACAGUGUAUUGGAGCUAGAACCCUGCAACGUGAAAGCUUUGCUACGUCGUGCUGCUGUGCACAAUGAAAUGGGGAACUUCGAAAUGGCUGUUGAAGACCUGACAGCGGUGCUGAAACAAGAGCCACAGAAUGUUCUGGCCAUUCAACUUCUGUCUGAAACGACAAAGAAGAUGACAGAUGUGCGACAGGGAAAAGCGAGAAAAGGCCGAAAAAUCAUCAUCCGAGAGGAGGAGGAUUUCGAAGAGGCGAAAUCGGAGCACACUGAUUGUCCGGUUGAACCCAGCCAGCUUGUGGGAGGGGACGGGCGCUCAGCUGCUGCUGCGGAGAGGGGAGACAUGGGUAACGCGCAAAAGAGGCCCUACGGCAAAGGGGACGGGGCCCCGCACAACGAGUCCUCGAACUCCCAUCACGGACACUGGAGGGGCAAAGGCGGCAGCUCAGACAAGUACAAAGUCCCACAAGACGGCAAGGAAAAGGUGGCGAAUGGGACAGUCAAGAGGGGCUCGACAGUGUUGGCUCAGGCUGACAGCAAGGAGACUCCAGCGGGCACAAAUGUUGGAGAACCUGUCAAUCUUGACGCACCAUGUGGAGCCCUCCCCUUACCGCUGGCCCACUUGAAGAAUGAGGGAAACCUGCUGUUUAAGAAUGGACAGUUUGGCGAUGCACUGGAAAAAUACUCCCAAGCCAUUCGGGGCUAUCGUGAUGCAGGUCUCGAUAGUCCAGAUGAUCUGUGUAUUCUGUACUCUAACAGAGCAGCUUGCUACCUGAAGGAUGGUAACAGUCAAGACUGCAUACAGGACUGCACACGAGCCCUGGAGCUACAGCCAUUCUCCCUCAAGCCCCUCCUGCGCCGGGCCAUGGCUUAUGAGUCCCUGGAGCGCUACCGCCAGGCCUAUGUGGAUUACAAGACUGUUUUGCAGAUAGACGUCAGUGUGCAGGCAGCGCAUGACAGUGUGAACAGGAUCACCCGCUUGCUGAUCGAGCAGGAUGGUGCGGACUGGAGAGAGAAACUCCCAGAUAUUCCUUUGGUUCCUCUUUCUGCCCAGCAGCACCGCAGAGAGGUGCCACCCAGCGCUGAGGUCCUCAAGGCUCGGGCUGAGAAGGCUGCCAAGGAUGCAGAAAGGAAAGAAGAAGUUCGUUUUGCAGAUUUGAAGCAAGAUGGGAACGAGUUUGUGAAAAAGGGCCAAUACCAGGACGCGCUGGGAAAGUAUUCGGACUGCCUUAAGAUGAAGCCAGAGGAAUGUGCUAUCUACACCAACAGAGCCCUGUGCUACUUGAAGCUUGAGAGGUUUACUGAGGCCAAGGAAGACUGUGACGCAGCACUUAAACUGGAGCCGAGCAAUAAGAAGGCCUUCUACAGGCGAGCGAUGGCCAAUAAAGGGCUUAAGGACUACCUGACAUGCAGCACAGACCUCCAGGAGGUGCUGCGGCAGGAUCCCACUGUCCAGGAGGCAGAGAAGGAGUUGGAGGAGGUAACGAUUCUACUCAAGCAAAGUCUCGUCCAUGAAUCACAAGCUAAAUCCAGGAAGAUCAUCCCCAUUACAGAGGUGGACGGUGAUCAGGAAACGUCAACUGUUGCAAAUUCUGACAGUUGUUUCAGAGAAGAGUUGAGCAACAAAUCCCAGCCAAACAAUGCAUACGAGUUUGGGCAAGCUUUGAACAACGCCUGCAGCAGUGGAGACAUGGCGUCUUGCGCCGACAUGUUGGCUUCAACGGCUCCGGAGAUGCUUCCGCAGUUUUUGAGCACUCAACUCAAUGGGCAGACCAUCAGCUUCAUUGUGAAAGUGCUGGACUCGCACCUCCUGGAGAAGGACCCAAACCUAGUUUACAAACACCUCAGUCAUCUUCAUACUGCUGACAGGUUCUCGGUUGUACUGAUGCUGCUGGAGAAGGAUGAGCGUCGCCACGUGAGCCAAUUGUUUGAGCACCUGUCAUCUGCUGAGAGCACAGAGUUCACCAAGACUGAUGUUCAGAACCUGGCCAACAAAUACAUCUGACCCGCCUGCAAUCUGCAUCAUCCCUGCCCAGCCCGGACCGCACAAGCCACCGCGCCGCUGCUCGCCACAACUCUUGGAUCUAUGCAAAACUCCUGCUACAGAAUGUGUCCCAGAUUAAACACAUUCACUUUAACUGUUCUGUAAAUGAUCUGAGAUUAUAUAGUAUUUUUAAAGUGAUUAUACAAGGAAUAUAUAUAUAUUUUUUUGAAGACAAUUUUGCUACGGAGAAUUACUUUUGUAUUACUCUUAACCAUUUAUGUACAAUGGGCACAGUACGAUGGACAUUGUGUGUACUGGUAAAUUGGGCCCAAAAUGAGCCAUAUUUUCUCAGUACAGCACAGUAGCCCAGUACUUGUGCUCCUUGCACUCAGUCCUUUAAUAUCAGCAUGUUGAUGAUUGAGCUGCUGUCCAAGCUGCUAAUAUUCAGUGCAUGGGGACUUUCAGGGAAUUUUGAGCUAUUUAAGACUUUCCUUGCUUUUGGGAAAGAAAAGUUCUACAACUGUAUAUACUAUUAUUUUGGAAGACAUAGGUCUGCAUGAUCUCUUAGAACUGUUUAGUGCAGCAACGGUAAGAGUACCUGUUGAACUAGUGAAAAUACAACACCAUUAUUUGAUGAUUUUUUUUUUUUUUUUUUUUAAAGUAGCCUUUGAUAGUGUAGUGGUUCACACACUCCGCUCUUCACAAUCAGCCCGUGAUGGGCUGGCGAGCAGUCAACAUGUAGUCUGCAGUGAUGGAGAUGUAGUUCUAUGUUGGCUGCGAUGGCUCAAGUUCCUGCUGUGACCCUGAAGGGAAUAACUGCCAUAGAAAAGGAACGGCUGGCUUUCUUUUUACAACUGAAAAGGAUACCAAAAAAUGACUUAUCGGAAUAAAUGUGUGCUUAGAAAAUACAUUGGUUAAAAAUCUAUUACCGACAUUUUCCACAUUAAGAAAGCAAAUGUACCUGCCCAAUUCUCUUCACUGUAUUUAUUUUUGAUUUGGUUUAAAAUUAUUUAACAAAAAUCAGUAGUAGGCUGUGCCUGCUUCAAAUAAAAAAUCUUGUGGCACUGAACUUAAAUGUGUGUAUUAAAAUUACAUGAUUUAAAAAAAAAUAAAACAUUCUGACACAA